GUUGCUGAAAGGUUGGCACCCUGCAGACAGCUCAGAUUUGGAGGAAUUAACAUAUCACAUAUAGUAUGAAAGUCUUCAAGAAGUACGCUGGAAGCACUGCUAGAAAAUAUUUGGCGAAGAGGAAUCUAAGCUGUCCAAUACGAGCAGAUGUUCAGGAAACAAAGACAGGAGCAAAACCUUUCAAUAGCAUUCCUGGUCCAAAAUCUCUACCAUUAGUUGGUACUCUGUGGAACUAUGUUCCUCUUUUGGGAGAGUACAGAUUUGACCACUUGCACGUGAAUGGGUUACGUAAGCUGCGGAAGUACGGACCUCUAGUGAGGGAAGACAUUGUACCGGGGGUGUCUGUUGUUUGGGUCUACACUCCUGAAGACAUUGAAACAGUGUAUCGGUGUGAGGGUCGUUACCCUGAACGCCGAAGUCACCUUGCACUCCAGAAGUAUCGGAGGGAUCGGCCACAUAUUUAUAACUCUGGAGGGCUUUUACCAACUAAUGGGGAGGAGUGGUGGAAGUUGCGCUCAGUUUUCCAGCGCUGUCUCAGUCGAGUGCAGGAUGUGCGCUCGCACUUGCCUGUCACUGACACUAUCAUGACAGAGUUUACCAAGUACGCAGCCAAAAACUCAAUACCAACAACAGACUUUUUGCCUAAACUUUCCCGUUUGCAUCUGGAAUUGACUUGCAUGACAGCGUUCUCCACAAGACUACAGAGUUUCUCAGACCCAGAACAGCUGUCACAGUCGCGCAGCUCACAGCUGAUCAGUGCUGCGGCGACCACCAACAGCUGCAUACUGCGGACAGACAAUGGCCCGCAACUGUGGCGAUGGGUUCGAACACCUCUGUACCGCAAACUGGAGCAGGCUCUGCACACACUUGAGCUGACUGCUGUCGCGCUGGUAAACAAGGUGCAGCAAGAAAGAGAAGGCGGGAAGGCAGGCUCGUCACUUGUGGCCCAGUACCUAGCAGCUGCUGAUCUCAACAUUAGAGACAUCUACGGGAUGGCUGUAGACUUGAUAUUGGCUGGGAUAGACACUACAACGUACACCUCCUGCUUUGCCCUGUACCACCUGGCUACUCACCCCCAAGUGCAGACACAGCUGUAUGAAGAAGCUUGUCGUCUGCUUCCGUUGUCUACUGAUGCUAUAACCUCCACUAGUCUCACACAAGCCGUCGUCUGCAGGGCUGUGGUCAAAGAGACUCUACGGCUCAACCCCGUGUCUGUCGGAGUUGGCAGGAUACUCGCUAAGGAUGCUGUCCUCUCAGGCUACAACGUACCUGCUGGUACAGUUGUGGUGACCCAGAACCAAGUAACAUGUAGACUAGAUGAGUACUUCCCUCAGCCCAAUGACUUCAUACCUGCUCGGUGGAUGAAGGGCACUCCAGAGUACAGGACCUGCAGCCCGUACCUUGUGCUGCCCUUUGGACAUGGUCCUCGGGCUUGUAUUGCCAGGAGACUAGCCGAGCAGGCACUACAGGUUCUCCUGCUUAGGAUGGUACGAGAAUACGAGCUAAGCUGGGAAGGAGGAAAACUGGAUGUUCGUUCUCUUCUGAUCAACAAACCCGACGGUCCAGUUCUGUUAAGACUCAAAAAUAGAUCUUGAUAUCAUUGUCACCCAUAGUUGAUUCUCUUGUAAAAUAAUAAACCCCCCACUUUCACAAAUCCUCUGACCUAUGUACCAAGUUAUUAUUAGUGCUACAGGGAGGAAUAAGGUGUGUUUUUUAUUGAAAUGUAAAAAGCUUAGUAUAAAAUUAAUA